GUCGUUUUUUUGCUUCUGUUGUGGCUAAGAAACAGCUAGUGAAUUGACAACACGAAGCGAACUGCGAUUUUUUGGCUUGUUUUGAGAAUUUUUUUUGAUCUAAAGAUUGGAAUCUUUUUCUUUUUGGUGCUAGAUUUCAUUUGAUGAGAUCUUGUCUUUCUCUGUUUGAGUUUUCUCUUUCUUUUUGGAUUCUGUAAUUUGAAAAUUUUGUGUAUUGCAGUAUUCUGGUGGUGUUUGUUUUCUUUCCUUUUGCUUUCUGCUUGAGCUCAAUUUUGUUUUUCAGUUUCCAGGUUGCAUAUUCAUUUGAUUAUAUUUGGAUUUUGGAAGAGGUCAAACAACUGAAGUAUGAAAGAGACUGAUAAGAGGAGAACUCCAAAUAACAGCCAAUCAAAGAGAUCUGGAAAAACUGAAAAGAGAGACCGCAAACCACAUCAAACAUUGAGUGGAAAGGAAAAUGAUUCUAAGCAUUUGCAUGCUAAAUCAGACUCCAGUACUUUAGUAAGUGAUCCCAACACGGGCUCAGAGCCCUCUGAAGUUUAUGAAAACUUGGUUAUACAUUAUGUGGAUGAUGUCAACAGGUCUGAGGAGGCACCUCAAGAUCCAAAAGCCAAUGCCAAGAUUGCAAAAGUCAACCAGAAUGAGAUCUUAGAUGAUCGUUUGAGUGACCUAGAGAAAGAACCUAAGCAGGGUAAGGAAGAGGAAUCAGAUACUGAGACAAUAAAAGAUUCAGUAUCAUCUCAGGGGGAUUCAUUGACAGCUGAUGAUGAGAAAGUAGAAAGAGUUUCAAGAGUACCUAAAAGUGUUAGCAACAAGGAUUCCUCAGAAAGUUCUCGUGGAUCAAGAGUGAGAUCUGAUAGUGGAACUGGUAAAUCUCAAACCAAAGCAGCAAAUAGCACUCCUAAGAAACCUGCAAAAUCAAAUAAAGCAUCAUCUAGAGUUGGUAGCAAAAAUUCUUUGGAUAAAAAUUCUAAAGAUAUGAAAGUUCCUACUAAAGCUUCAUCAGAUUCUUCUGAAGGAGUUUCUGAUGAUAAGCCUGUUGAAGAUAUAAAAGGAUUAGAUGUUUUGGAUGAGGCCUCAAAUGGUACUCAGAGUAUUGCAAGUGACAAUGAAACUGUUGAUGCUGAAGAAAAUGGUGAACAUGAGGAUGAGGCAGUUUUAAAUCAAAGAAUUGAAGAGAUGGAAGUGAGAAUUGGGAAACUUGAAGAGGAGCUCAGGGAAGUUGCUGCUCUUGAAGUUUCAUUAUAUUCUGUAGUACCAGAGCAUGGGAGCUCAGCACAUAAGGUGCAUACUCCUGCUCGACGCCUUUCUAGACUCUACAUUCAUGCUUGUAAGAAUUGGACUCAAGAUAAGCGUGCUACAAUUGCAAAAAACAGUGUAUCAGGACUUGUUUUGAUUGCCAAGUCCUGUGGUAAUGAUGUUCCGAGGUUAACCUUCUGGUUGUCCAACACCAUUGUGCUGAGGGAGAUCAUUUGUCAGGCAUUUGGAAGUUCACGUCACCCAAACCCACUUGCAAGGUUUGCUGAGUCCAAUGGAGGUAGCAAGAAAAGUGAAGGAAAGACGAUGACACUUAAAUGGAAGGGUGGUUCUGGAAGUAAACAGGCUAAUGGUUUUUUGCAGCUUGUGGACGAUUGGCAAGAGACAGGAACAUACACAGCUGCAUUAGAAAAAGUUGAAUCAUGGAUAUUUUCUCGAAUAGUGGAGUCAGUAUGGUGGCAGGCUUUGACUCCACAUAUGCAAUCACCAAGUGGAAAUUUGUCCUCCAAUAAGUCGUUUGGAAGGUUGUUGGGACCAGCCUUGGGGGAUCAGCAGCAAGGAAGCUUUUCUGUCAACCUUUGGAAGAAUGCAUUUCGAGACGCAUUUCAACGGCUUUGCCCUGUUAGAGCAGGAGGCCAUGAGUGUGGUUGCUUGCCUAUCAUAGCACAAAUGGUUAUGGAGCACUGUGUUGCCAGACUAGAUGUAGCAAUGUUUAAUGCUAUAUUGCGCGAGUCAGCACAUGAGAUCCCAACUGAUCCUGUCUCAGAUCCUAUUUUAGAUCCAAAGGUUCUGCCUAUCCCAGCUGGGGACUUGAGUUUUGGUUCUGGUGCACAAUUGAAAAAUUCUGUUGGUACUUGGUCCAGAUUGCUUUCUGAUAUGUUUGGCAUGGAUGCGGAUGAUUCCUUGAAAGAAGACAAGCACGGCAGUGAUGAUGAUGAUGACAGGCAAGAUGGUAAACCUAAAGUUUUCCAUCUUCUGAACGACUUGAGUGAUCUUUUGAUGCUUCCAAAAGACAUGCUUAUGGAUCGAUCAAUAAGAAAGGAGGUGUGCCCAUCAAUAAGUCUCUCAUUAGUUAAGCGGAUUCUCUGCAACUUUACUCCAGACGAAUUCUGUCCAGAUGCUGUCCCUGGAGAUUUAUUAGAGGCUCUGAAUGCAGAGAGUAUUGUGGAGCGGAGAUUAUCCGGAGAAUCUGCACGAAACUUCCCUUAUACAGCUGCCCCAGUUAUGUACACACCACCAUCAUCUGCUGAUGUAGCAGAAAAAGUUGCAGAGGUAGGAUCAAGAUCUCAGCUGUCCAGAAAUGUAUCUGCUGUGCAGAGGAAAGGAUAUACCAGUGACGAAGAACUGGAAGAACUGGAUUCUCCUCUUACAUCCAUAAUCGAAAAAUUGCCAUCCUCUCCAACUGUCGUUUCAAAUGGAAAUGGAAAGCACGCGGAACAUACAGGGCAUGCGAUCGCAAAUGCAAGGUAUGAACUCCUUCGUGAGGUGUGGUCUGCUGGAAUGUGAAGAAUUGCUCUGUUGUACAUUUUUUUAAAAAAAAGAAAAAGUAAAUAUGAAAAAAGAAAAUGAGAAAACUAGGAAAAUAAUCAGUACAAAAUAUGUGGAAGUGAUUUCACGUCCAGGAAUUCCCAUAUCACUUGAAGACACGAGGCUUCUUUUGUAUAUUCCACAAGAGCUUGCUAUCAAGCAGUAUCACGUGAGGAAAAAAGAAAUUCUAUUUUGUUUAAUUAAAUAUCAUUUUGUUUUAGAAA